AUGUCGCUCUUGCGGUCGGCUCCGGCCGCAUGCUCACCGCGAUUGUCGGCAAGCUGUCUCGAGGCGGCACAGCGCAGCGCAUACACCGCAACUUUCUUGUGCCACGCAAGAAGCUUCCACGCGAGCAGGCGGUCGUGUUCUCGCGCCUGGGCAUCGCAGGGGAGCUCCCAGGGUCCGCAUGCACUCACCAGACAGCUGGCCCAAGAGCUUAGUCUUCCCCUCUUCCCGGCGUCAGGGAAGCAGCUCCAUCUCUUGCAAGAUCCGUCGCACUUUUACGAGACACUCAAACGCAAGAUCGGACAAGCUCGAAGCCGAAUCUUCCUCGCCUCGCUCUAUAUCGGCAAAGAAGAGGUCGAGCUGGUCCAGGCGCUUGAACAGGCAUUGCAACGGAAUCCAUCACUACAACUCACGAUUCUCGUCGAUGCGCUCCGUGGGACGCGGGAGGCAGCACCAACACCGUCAUGUGCUAGCCUCGUAUCGAAGCUGCAUGCCCAAUUCCCAGACCGCGUCAACAUCCGCCUUUAUCACACGCCGAAUCUCAAAGGACUCCUGAAGAAGAUCGUGGGCAAGCGUUUCAACGAGGGCUGGGGUCUGCAGCACAUGAAGAUCUACGGCUUCGACGACGAUGUCGUGCUCAGCGGCGCGAAUCUCAGUCGAGACUACUUUACCAACCGCCGCGACAGGUAUCUUCUCGUCGAGGACCACAAGGACGUGGCAGACUAUCUGGAUUCGCUCGUACGCGUCGUGGGUCAGUUCAGCUUCAAGCUCGAGUCAAGUCCCCAGGAGGCGGGCUCGAGCGCCGAGGCUGCACAGCCAGAUUGGAAGCUCGUCUGGGAUGGAGGACGUGACUGUCUCAACCCGGAGGGUCAGGAGUUGUCAGCACCGUAUGCAGAGACUGGCUGGAGUCGAGAAGCAUCCAAGUCGCUCGAGGCAUUCACCCGGGAUUGGCAACAUCGCACGGCGGACACGAUCGGUGGAGGUAGCGACGCAGCCGACACCUUGCUUCUGCCGCUGCUCCAGAUGGGACCGCUGCAGAUCAGGCAAGAAACCCGGGCCAUUCCGCGGCUUCUGGAAGUCGGAUUGCAGGCGUCCGAACCACAGAAGCAGCCAGCUACGCUGGCGCUCACGUCCGGAUACUUUUCGCUCUACAAGCCGUACCGCAAGCUGCUGCUGCGAACGCAAGCGACGAGAACUGCCAUCGUCAAGAUCAUCUGCGCCGCUCCGGAGGCGAAUGGCUUCUUCCGAUCCAAGGGCGUCUCGGGCUGGAUUCCCGAUGGAUACACUUGGUACGAGUACCAGUUCUGGACGGCGCUCACGCGCGCCAAGCGGCUGCUGGGGCAAAACAACAGGCCACACGAUCAGGGCGGCGUAGAGAUUCUAGAGUGGAAGAAGGAGGGAUGGACCUACCACGCUAAGGGCAUAUGGCUUACGCCGUCCGAUGCGGCCUCCCAGACUAAUCUCGGCAAGCCAGCGUCAUCAGACACGGCUGAGGUGGCUGCACCCACGCUGGUGCAUGUGGGAUCGAGCAACUACGGAUCUCGCUCUGCGGACCUGGAUCUGGAGUGCACAUUCAUGAUCUCGACCAGCUCCAGGGAUCUGUCGCUGCGCUUCAAGGACGAGUUUGAGACGCUGGGGCGCGAUGCCAACGAUGUCGUGAACGCCGGGCUGUUCCAACGACCCGAUCGAAAAGUGCGUUGGCGCGUCCGCGUGGCUGCGUGGAUCCUGCGACGUAUGCUCUGA